UCAUAACAGUGUUACGUCACGUCUCAGGAAGAGGGACUGUAAACAAAGUUGAGUCGACGGUUAGCUAACCGUUUUGUUACUAAAAUAGUUGCUCGUAGUCCUUUUUUAUACAUCUAGACGAUGUAAGACAAUUGUAGAAACUAAAUAAUACACUCAUUAUUGAUUCUACAAUCUCCGGGUGUCGACAACUUGUCACAUACAUGGAUAUGUUGCCAAUUUGCUGCUAGCUAGCUCCAGCUAAACGGCUAAUCUCACAGCGCUAACAGAUAAACGUUAAUUAUGCCUCAAGAGGGAGAGCAGUCUCUGCCCCUGGUCCGCUCCCUGAACAGUCGGAUACCCAUUAAUGCCGUGUUUCAUAACCGCAGCCCCCGUGUCGUACGGCCACUAUGGAUAGAUUACCGCGGGGAGCCUCGGGACUACGUCAAUCUACAGCCAGGGACCAGACAAGACAUGAACACCUUCAUCGGUCACCCCUGGAUGUUCAGAGAUGCAGAGACUGAUGAGCCCCUGAAAGUGAACGGCAAAGAACUGUAUCUUCCUAAACCAGAAGAGGGUAGAAUUGCUAAUAUCACUUUACCAGUCUACAGCCUGAAGGAUCGUGCUCUUCAGAUUAUUCGGCGUCUGGUUCGAGCAGAAGACUUCAGGAGGUUGGAAAUAGCACGGUGUCUCCAGGAGGAGCUGGAUGAUAAGCCCACUGUACAGAAAGAUCUCCGUCGCAUGAACCUGCGAGUAGAGCAGCAUUUGCUGGAGAGGAUCCAAAGCCAGGAGGAAUGAGGCAUGAAAGUGGAUGGAAAAUAAUAAUGUAUGAACAGCAGUGUUGUAUUCCAAACUAUAGAGUGCCGCAGGAGCGAUGUAUUUUUGUGGGCCAACCCAGAAGAUAGCAUCGCGGCUAGUUCCCUCGACAAAAAGCUAAUGGGAUUCUUCACUUGCAUAUUAUAAACUCUAAUCUUCACAAAUGAACACCAACUUUAUUAUUUUUGAAGCAUAAAUGCAAUUGCAAGAAGUAGGAAGUUGACAUUGGGCUAUAAAGAAACUACACCAUGGUCACCUGACUUGAACAUCACCACCACUAUGCUGACGAUGACGUUUAAUGUCAGCGAAAAUCUCUAGUAUUAUUCAGCCACUUGUUAGCAACCGCCUUUUUUUAGACACGUUGAAGCUUUAAAAUUCAGCAGUGAGGUAUAUACUGACAUGGAACAAAACGUGAAAUCUAUUAAGCUUGUGUUUACCACAGACUUUUUUUCAGGCAUCUAACAAAAAACAAACCCAUUGACUUUGAGACAAAGGAACCAGAAAUACAAAAUGCUAACUCAUUUUAGGACUUUUUCCUGCAGCACUCUAUUCAAAAGCAAAGAAGCCAGAAUUCAUGAAAUAUAAGAUUAAACUUUUUGGACGAGAGAGCAGUUGCAAAUACUUCCCCAGAUGUCUUAUAUUUGCUUCAGAGGAGUUUGAUCUGCUGUCUGUUAUAUUCCCUCAUUGAUCUUGACAAAUGUCUUCCCGAGCCAUUGCUGCCUAUCUGAUUACGUUACUCUCUACUUUAUUUUGCCAUUCAGCCAGGUUCUGGUAUAAGUAAACUCCCUAUUCGGUCAUGUUUGAUCAAAUGAAAGCGAGAGAAAAGUACAAGAAUGUUUUUGUCAUGCAUGUGGAGUUAUAGUUGAUCUUUUGUUCUAAAACACAGUUUAUGUAAGGGACACUAAAUAAGAAAGUAUAUUGUCCCAUUAGAUAGGAAUUUAAGAGAGAUGUGUGUUCUUAACCCAAUUGUGCCCACCACUAAGAUCUUGCAUUUCCUUUAGAAGUGUUCUCUGGGCUCAUCUAAUCUGAAGAAAAUUUCUAAAUCUAUCCAACAAUUUGGCUGAAAAGUAUUUUUUAAAAUUAAUAUUAUCUUAUUUAGUCUUUGGCUGCAAAUGGGGACUGCUGUUUCCUAAAAUAUACUGGAGUAUAUUGCAAAUACAGUAGUCCCAAUGGCUGCAGAAACCACAAGGAGCACAAUCAAAUAUUUGGUAUCUAGGAACUCAAAACAAGCUAUAUGCUCCAGAAUUUUACUGCCAAUAAGUGAUUUCAAAGCUGUACUGAUAGAUUCUAACCUAAAGUAUGUCGGUACCAGAUCUCAGACUUCAAUCAGACAAAAUAUCGUGGCAUUUCCCACUCAUACUCUUUGGGCACAAAUUGAUUAAUAUUCUUAUUGUGUUUGCCUGAGAUUAGAUUGUUUUUCACUAAUUUGGUUCCCUGCAAAUCCCCCCUCAAAAACCGCUCAGACUGAACUGUUAUCAGAAAGCUUUUGCACUUUAAAUUUUGGAAAAAAAGAUGGAGUGAUUACGGGUUUAUUUUUCAAGUUGGCCAAUUCCUUUAAAUGUAAACUUUUUCUUUCUUUUUUUCAGAAUAUACCCACCAUCAUAAAUUUUGUCUUGCAGCUGAUUUCCAAUAGGAAAAAAAAACAAUUAAAUUGUACCUUUUCUUAGGACUAGGCUUUGAAACACUGUGAUUGAGGAGUUUAUAUUUUUGUUUUUGCCUACUUUGUAAUUCUUUGCAUAUUUUGUUCUUCUGUCACCAUGUUUUAAAUCUAUAUGUUGCUACUGUAUCUCAAAUAUCUUCAUUGUUUAUUUGUGUAAUAAAUAAAUAAAAGAUAUAUUUGUUACUGGUUGGAA